AUGAAAAUGGAAAAUCUUAUUGUUCUUGCGACUGCAGGACAAAUUUUGGUGGAAUCGACAGCAUGUACUUAUCUCCUUUUCAGGUCUUUCAGCAAUAUUAUGCUAUCAGGCUCAAAAGCGAGUCACAUAUUUUCCGAAAGUGUAGCCAUAGCUGCCCAGCGAGGAAUGGAGGAAUGUCGGCAUCAGUUUGAAUGGGAAAGGUGGGACUGUCCGAAAUCCAGCUUUAAUGUCUUUUCAAAGUCAACUAGUCAACCAGCGACCCGAGAAAUGGCAUUUUUGCAUGCUAUUGUGAGUGCAGCCAUCGUGAUCACGCUCACGAGAAAUUGCAGCUUGGGACAUUUCGAUUCGUGUGGAUGUGACAAGACGAAGAAUGGAGCCAUAGAUUACAAAGGAUGGUCUUGGGGAGGCUGCAGUGACAACAUAAUGAUAGGAAACAAAAUGGCGAAAGAGUUCUUAGAUGCGAAGGAAAUGGGAAGAGAUGCAAAAGCGCUGAUUAACUUGCAUAAUAACAAGGUUGGAAGAACACUCGUCAAAAAGACUAUGAGAAGACUGUGCAAGUGUCAUGGUGUAUCUGGCAGUUGUGCCACGCAGACUUGUUGGAUGCGCAUGGAAGAUCUUCGUCAAGUAGGGAAUCACCUAAAGAAUGCUUACAAGACAGCUGUCCGGGUGGACUAUAAUGGUUUCGGCAAUCUCCUAGCAACGAAACAACGUAAGCAGAGGGGUGAAAACUCAGCCUCUUCCAGUCACAGAUUGAAGGUCCCAAGGCACCAGUUGAUAUACAUGACACCAUCUCCCAAUUAUUGCUUGGCUAACCAGACUGCUGGCAUCGCUGGAACUAAAGGACGACAAUGCUCUAGGAGAAGGGGUAGCGACGUGUCUGAAUCAGAACGUGUGAGUUGCAGGACUUUGUGUCGUGGCUGUGGCCUGAGGGUUCGCAAGAAAUCUGUGAAUGUUGAAACUAGUUGUCGUUGUAAAUUUUACUGGUGCUGCGACGUGAAGUGUGAUCUGUGCAAAGAGAAAGUGACUCAGUUUAUAUGCGGUUAA